AUGGAGAUCCCCAAGAUCGACCUCCGCGGGCUGGAGCCCGGCAGCCCGGGGUGGGAGGAAGCCCGGACGGCGGUGACCGCGUCCAUGGUGGCGCACGACGCGCUCGGCCCGGAGCUCCGGCGGGCUCUGUUCUGCCGCGCCAUGCCGGAGGUGUUCGCGCUCCCGCUGGAGGCCAAGCAGCGGAACGACUCCCGCUGGGGGCCGUUCAACGGCUACAUCAGUGGGGUCCCCGGCAUGGCCAUGGAGAGCAUCCGCGUCGCGGAUGCCGCCGACGCCGGCAGCGUCCGCGACUUCGCCCGCCUUCUCUGGCCGCAGCAGGGCAACCAGGAAUUCUGGUAA